AUGAAAGAGCCCCGGCCCCAUACCAGAGAGCGUCCUGCCCCCUGGACACGAGCCCAGCUUCUGUCCCGAGGGCAGGGGGCUGGGCCCAUGGGGGCAAACUCAGCUCCCUUCCCUAGAGCAUCCGGACUCCUGGGCGUAAAUCCAGCUCCCAUCCCAAGAGGAGUUGGACUCCAAAACAUGAGCCAGGCUCUCCUCCCAAGGCCUGGUGGCCUCUUGGGUACAACUCCAGCUCCCAUGCCAGGUGGGGCCAUGUCCUUGGGCCAGAACUGUGCUCCUGGUGUAAGGGGGACCAGACUUCAAGACACAAGUCAAGUUCCCUUCCCCAGGGCAGGUGGCCUCUUGAGCAUUAGCCCGACUCCCAUCCCAAGGGGCAUGGGAGCCCUGGGCCUGAACCCAACUAUCCUCCCAAGGGCAGGUGGCCUCCUGAGCACUAGCCCGGCUCCCACCUUUCUGGGAACUGGAGCCAUGGGCCCAAGCCCAGCUACCCUACCAAGGGCAGGUGGCCUCCUGGGCCCAAGCCCAGUUCACACCCCAAGGGCAGGUGGCCUCCUGGGCCCAAGCCCAACUUCCACCCCCAGGGGCAUGGGUGCCAUGGGCCAGAAUCCAGCUACUCUUCCAAGAGCAGGUGGGCUCCUGGGCUCCAGCCCAGCUCCCAUCCCUAAAGCAGGUGGCCUCCUAGGCACUAGUCCGGCUUCCAUCCCAAGGGGCACUGGAGCCCUGGGCCCCAGAGCAGGUCCUGUCCCGAUGGCGCCCGGCGCCCUGGGCCCCAGACCAGGUCCUGUCCCGGUGGCGCCCGGCGCCCUGGGCCCCAGACCAGGUCCUGUCCCGGUGGCGCCCGGCGCCCUGGGCCCCAGACCAGGUCCUGUCCCGGUGGCGCCCGGCGCCCUGGGCCCCAGACCAGGUCUCGUUCCUACAGCAGGUGGCCUCCUGGGCCCUAGCCCAGCUCUUGGCCCAAUGGUGACCAGAGCCCUGGGCCCUAGCCCAGGUCCCAUCACAAGGGCAGGUGGCCUCCUUGGCACUAGUCCGGCUCCCAUCCCACGGGGCACUGGAGCCCUGGGCCCGAGUCCAGCUCCCAUCCCAGUGGGGACGGGAGGUCUGGGCCGAAGUCCAGCUCCCAUCGUGAGGGCAGGUGGCCUCCUAGGCCCAAGCCCAGCUCCCAUGCCGAGGGGGACUGGAGCCCUGGGCCCAAGCCCGGCUCCCAUGCUGAGGUCAGCUGGCCUCUUUGCCACUCGACCAGCUGACACCCUACCUAUGAAUCCAUUCUCCUUUCCAAGGGAGGGAGGCCCCUCAAGUGCAACCCCAGCUACCAUCACAGGAGUUGGCUUACCCUUGACCAUGAACCUGGCUUCCAGCCCAAGGGCUGGUUGCCUCCUAGGCAUGAGCCCAGCUCCACUUCCAAGAACAACUAGCUCCCUGGGUAUGAGCACAGCUCCCAUCACACGGGGGCCUGCCAUGCUGGACACUAGACCUGCUGGUCCCCUAGGUCAGUCUCCCUUCCCCAGGGCAGCUGGUCCCCAAAGUGUAAACCUGACUCCCUUCCCCAGGGUGUGUGAGCCCCAGAGCAUGAACCCAGUCCCCUUCUCCAAAGCAGCUGGCCCCCUGGGGCCAAACUCAACUCCCUGCCCCAGGCCAGCUGGCCCCCUAGGGCCAAACCCAGCUCCCUGCCCUAGGCCAGCUGUCCUCUUUCCUAAUGGGAUAUUGCCAUCUCCCAUUAACAACACAGCCAGGCUGCGGUGGUGCUGAUUCUCUCCUGUCCCGGGGUCUGUGCGAGAUGAUCAAGAGUGCAGACAUACUCCUGACACCUGCCUUGCCAACAAGCUGGGACCUAGCACAGUCUCAGCUUUUCUCAGAGCCUUGCUCGGUUCUGGACUCCAGGGGGCCAUAGGCCAGCAGCCCCUCGUCCUCCUAGAUGUGGUGGAGCACUGUGUGUUUGUGACCUACUCCUCAGGGAAUGCAGAUCUCAGGCCCAGCAACUCCAGCACUGGCCCCUUGCCUGCACAGCAGGGAGUCCAGAAGCCCCCAUCUCCUCUGUCUGGUAGUAGUGCUCAGAACUGGAUGAGUGAGCCAGAGUAGCCCGUUCUGAAGCAUCCCCUUGGCGUAACCCCAGCCACGCAGCUGCUGGUGGACACAGCAGGUGGCAUCACCUUUCUUGCUCAGCCAGGAGCCAACUGACUUUUCGUUCUGGUUUUGUGUUCCUUCUUGCUGCCCCUUGAAUAAAAGUGACAGGAGGGUCAGUAGGCCUGCACUAUCUGUGUUAUCCCAGCGCCACAGGGGUGGGGAGAGGAACAACAACCCUGCCGCAGCCAGGAGGGAUAGGGCCACUCCAGACACUGAAGCCUCUUUACUGCAGCAGGGGUCAGCUGGUAUUCAGCUACUGGAGCAAACCCUUGGGAAUGUUUGCCUCCACGGUGAGCCCCCUGCCCCUGCCGGACAACGAUAUGGGAGGAAGUGGCUCUGCAUGGACAGUUGCAGGAGCCUGUGUAGCAGGAGCAUAGGCGGCACUCAGUUGCCAAGUCAGGCCCCUGGCAGAGGUGCUAGAGCCAUGUGUGGGGACUCAUUUAUAGGGCCAAGAAGGCAGCUGCCCCCCCAAGACAUGCUCCCAAGCCUUCCUGUGUGCAAAUCUCUUUAUUGUGACAAAUCCAUUGUGAUAUAAAAACAGACCUUUUAAAAAAAAAUGAAAAAAUGACGGUAAAAAAUAAAUAGAUUUACAAACAA